AUGCAGGUACUUGCCCCGGUCUUGUAUUUCCGUACAAACAGGUACUGGUCAGCCCGGACAGCGACACCCGAGCAGCAGGACUCGUACCGGACCCUGACGAGCUUAAGCGUGGUCCAGCGCCAAAACGCAGACACUGUCUUCCUGAGGACACUCAGGAACUGGCCGAGGCCAGAGUGGAUCCCUCCCCCCCCCCAAAGGGAGCCUGAGCUUUUCCCAAUCUUUCCAAUCUUUCCAUUACAUUGUUCCCCCCCUUCCACCGCGAUCGUCAUCCCGCCCUCCGCAGACUUUGACUCUUUCAUCAUCUCCACUCCCUUCCAACCACACCACCUUUCCACCUUCUUCCACCUUCCUCCUCCUCACUCUCUCGUCUCAUUCCACCGAUCCAACCGCCGCGGCCUCCCGCCCCCGAUCCCCUCUCGAUCCGCCCUUUCGGCCUCACCUCCCGGCGCACACUCAUUCUGGAGAGGCCCGGAGUGA